AUGGCUGAGGCUGCAGGACUCGCCAUUGGUGCAGCUUCCCUUGCCGGCCUCUUCUUGACUUGUAUCGAAUACAUGGAAUGUUUCAACCUUGAUCGGAAUUUGGGACAAGAUUCUGAGGCGUCCGUUGGGAAAAUGAUGUUGCUGGAGGCGAAGCUGACAGCCUGGGGGGCGUCGCUGCGUGUUGUUGAGGUUGGCAGUGUGCUACCAAUCCUGAGAGGCCGGUGGAAUCAAGAACAGGAGACAAUUGGGAAGGCGUUGAUGCAGAAAAUGCUACUAGUCUUCAGGACAUCGAGCAUGCUUUUCGAUCCUCAGCAAACAACUCGACAGCAGGAAACAUCAUUAUGGAAGAAGACACUCUGGGCUGUUCGCGACAAAAAGAAGUUCGAUGCAUUGAUUGACAAUCUUGCUUUCUACAUUGAUAGCCUAGAAAAACUGAGCGAUAGACUGAGGCUACGGCAAAAAGCUCUCCAUUUGAGACUUGAAGGGAUCAAUUCGAGUCACGAUAUGCCUACGCAGGAAAGUGCUGCUACAACGUCAGCCAACCCAUCAGAUCCGCUGGGGACAGUCAUUCUUGACCAAGCGGGACCCGUUAAUGGAAAUAUUGGUAUCACGGACGCCCAAUCGUACGGCCAUAUCUAUGAUAAUGCACACGUCAUGGACGAUGCUAGAGCAAUAGCCAUUGAUGCUGACUGGAUGGAUGCAUGA